AAGAAGCCGUAGCCAGUGCCGCCCUGAGCCUCCAGCAGUCACAGCUGGGCGAGGCAAGUGCCAACAUCAUCACCCACCUUCACAUAUUCCCUCCUUGACGCUCUACUGAUCGCUAUUUCCCCGUCAUAUAGCCCUCGAAGGGUAGCGUGAGGGUGGAUUUAAUUAAAUAAAACAAUGGCAGAAGAGAAAUAUGAUCUGGUGGUGCUCGGAGCCACUGGAUACACUGGGCAGUUUGUCGCUGAAGAGGUGGUCAAUAUUGCAUUGAAAACCGAUUUGUUGCGUUAUGCCUUUGCUGGUCGUAACAAGGAUAAGCUGGAAAAGACACUGAAGAUGAUAGAGGUGAAUACAAAGCUUGAUUUACAGGAGGUCGGACGUCUUAUUGUAGAUGUUAACAAUGAAGAAAGCCUUCUGAAUAUGGCGAAGCAAGCAAAGGUCGUCAUAAAUUGUGUUGGACCGUAUCGUUUUUAUGGUGAAAAAGUUGUAUCUGCAUGCAUCAAGGGUGGAGCCAACCAUGUGGACAUAAGUGGGGAGCCUGAGUACUUGGAAAGAAUGCAGUUACGUUACUCCAAGGAGGCUGAAGAAAAAGGAGUGCAUGUUGUUGGAUCUUGUGGUUUUGACUCCAUUCCUGCAGAUUUGGGCACACUUUAUUUGCAGGAAAUCUUUCCAGGCGAUGUGAAUUCUGUGGAGACCGUUGUUGGCUUUGAUGAUACUUCAUCUGGAAGUGCUGGUAUCAACUUUACAACACUGGAGUGUGCUGUUCUAGGAUUGACACACAGCAAGGAUUUGAAGAAGUUGCGGAGCGAGUUAUUCAGCACUCCUCUGCCUAAGCCUGCAUACAAACCUGAACCACGAGGAAAGGUGUUCUACAGUGAUGAGGCAGAACGGUGGUGUCUUCCCAACAUGGCUUCAGAUCGCUCUGUUGUAAUGCGGUCACAACGUCUUAACUAUGAGUUGGAGAAGAGACGUCCUGCCCAAAUAAGUGUGUACUUUGGCAUGAAAUCUUUAGCGACUGCCUUAGGUGGCCUACUGUUUGGCAUUCUGUUCUACUUCAUGGCAUCAUUUGCAUUUACUAGGAAUAUAUUGUUGAAGUAUCCAGAAAUCUUCACAUUUGGCAUAGUAACUACAAAGGGUCCAAAACGCUCAGAUUUGACUGGCUUGAGGUUUUGUGUGACCUUAACUGGGAAGGGUUGGGAUAAGAAGUUGGAAGAUGUGGAUGAGCAGCACACGCAGCCACCCAAUACCUUCAAAACAGUUCAGGUGAAAGGACCCGAUCCAGGCUACUUUGCCACUGCUAUAUUAGUGACCCAGAGUGCCAUGACAAUCCUAAAGGAGAAGGACAAGCUGCCAGGAAGGGGCGGUGUAUACACUCCAGCAGCAGCCUUCCUCAAGACAAGUCUGCGCUCACGUCUGGAAGAGAAUGGAAUAAGUUUUGUUAUCAAGGAAUAAAUUCUCUGAACUUGUAUACAGGGAAUAAGGGACCAAACUUCACUGACACCAAAUUUAUAAAUGCAUAUAACCAUUAUACUGUAUUCCUUUAAAGGGCUUUGAUUAUUUUCAGUGAUAUAUUUAUAUGUACUGUAUUUAGUAUACAAAUAUUUGGGAACUAGUAAAGGGGAAUGAAAAAAAUCUUAGCAAAUGCUUAUUGAGUUUAGAGCCUUUUGAAUGUAAUUACAAAGAUUCAAAAUGCCCAUUCAUCUUUUUAAAGUUGACAGUUGGAAUAAAGCUCUUUUGCUCUGUAUAAGUAAAUGUGCCACUAGCAGAAUGAUAAGAUGAAGCUGAAGAGAAUUCAUGAUGCAAUACAUUUUUCUUGAACAAUAGUUUGCAAAAGAAUCUUGACAGUGUAACAUACGUUUGUGUUACGUUGUUGGGUUGAUUAGAUACACAGUGUUUAGUGAGUUUCAUAUUUAUUUAGUAGUCCUAGGUACAGCAGUGUCGUAGACGUUGAGACGAAGCCUCGAGCAGAGAGAGGCCGGAGUCGUGGAGCUCCAGGCUUCGUCUCAACGUCUACGACACUGCUGUAUCCAGGACUACUAAAUAAAUAUGAAACUCACUAAACACUGUAUCUAAUCAACCCAACAACGUGUAACAAACGUACGUUACAACAGCCCAAGUAUAGAUAUUGCACUCAUAUAUUCAGAACAAGAGUACAACUAUACAGUUGUACAAAGGUGUGCAAGUUAUUAAAAUUUAUGCCACAAAUAGCUAAUUCGGGUAAUCUGAGCAUUGCUUCUGUGGCUCUUUGUUUUCCAUUGGGUAGUUUGUUGUAAAUGACAUAGUAAUUGUUCUCAUUUACUUUGCUUUUCUUGUGCACAAUGCCUUUUGCUUUACUUUUAACAAAGUAAUGACAUUGAAAUGCUAACAAAUUGCCACUUGCCUUUGCCAGUAAGCACACCCCCUCUAUUUUUUUGUGUAUAUAUUUUGGACAAGUUUUCUCAGUUGAAAUAAACCAAAGGCAAAA